AUGAAUACCCUAUCAGUUAGGGCCCCCUUGCAGGCGGCGGCAAGGCAGCGUUAUCUGCACAUGGCUGUCCGAGCCUACUCAGGUGUUGCAGCGACAGCUUUUGGCCCCGCAUGUGGGGACAGGAAACGCACGUCACCACUCAGCCUUACCUCUAAGCGCCCCAUCUCGUCAACAUCUCAGAAACAAAUCACAGAAUACUUCCCGCCCCCAAAGGCCCCAAAUGUCAAGGAAGUGGAAUCACCAUGGGUACAUCCAGUGUACACGGAGGCCCAAAUGCGAAACAUCACCAUCGCGCACCGACAAGCCACAAAUUGGUCCGACUGGGUUGCCCUAGGCACCGUCCGCAUGUUCCGAUGGGGCAUGGACAUGGCGACUGGAUACCAGCACCCGAAGCCCGGCGAAGUACUCCCCGAUAGAUUCAAAAUGACGGAAGAGAAAUGGCUAUCGCGGUUCGUCUUCUUGGAAAGUGUGGCCGGUGUCCCCGGAAUGGUGGGCGGCAUGCUGCGACAUCUCCGGAGUCUUCGCAAGAUGAAGAGAGACAAUGGAUGGAUCGAAACCCUGCUCGAAGAAGCAUUCAACGAACGCAUGCACCUUCUUACUUUCCUCAAGCUAGCCGAGCCUGGCUGGUUCAUGCGCCUGAUGGUUCUCGGUGCCCAAGGUGUCUUCUUCAACGGCUUCUUCCUGGCAUACCUGGCUUCGCCACGCAUCUGCCACAGAUUCGUGGGAUAUCUCGAAGAGGAGGCUGUCAUUACCUACACCCGUGCGAUUGAGGAGUUGGAGACAGGGAAGCUUCCACACUGGGAAGAUCUCGACGCACCCGCGAUUGCGAUCCAAUAUUGGCAAAUGCCAGAGGGUCAGCGCAAGAUGAGAGAUCUUUUGCUCUUUAUCCGCGCGGACGAGGCCAAACACCGCGAGGUCAAUCACACCCUGGGUAACCUCGACUUCGCCAUUGAUCCCAAUCCCUACCAAACCGAAUACAUCGACCCGACUCGAGACCACCCGACCAAGGGCAUUGAAAACAUAAAGCCAGAGGGAUGGAAGCGAUCGGAUAUCUUUGGGUCUAGGCCGAAAGAUGUGCAGAGCUGA